UGACACGUCAGCGCAAUGGGUCACGAGGCGGAAACCGGAAGCGCCGUUUGUAUUUGUGGCGUCACCUGGUGCAGCGCGGAGCUCGUGAUGGCCAAUCCCCCGCCCGAGCAGCGAGACCCCCUCGGCGCCCCCACCCCGGUCCCCAGCGUCCUCCUGUACCUGUACACAGAAGGGACACUGAUUAUUUCCAGUUAUGGAUGGUACAUCUUCUUUGGCUGCAUUGCCAUUUACUUACUCCUUCAAAAGCUGAGUGACAUGAUGCAGUCCAGGAGACCACAUCAAACACAUACUGAUCUGGAACCGCUUUUAAUUGUGAAACAACAAGAAGCGAUGGAAGCUGCACGGCGCAAAAUGCAGGCAGAGCUGGAUACCCAAGCAGUGAAAUACAAAGAAAAACAAAAUCUACUCGAAGAAGCGAAGAGAAGACAGAAAAUAGAAGCAUGGGAGAGCAUACAGGAAGGAAGAAGCUACAGAGCAAAUACAAGAUUCAACCAACAGGAACCAGGACAGCCUAGUUCAUCUAACCUUACAAAGCCAAAGUCUGGCAAAAAAUCCCUGGCGACUGGUUUUAAUGCUCUCACGGGAGAUGGUGGUGGGUCGUGCACUUGGAGACCAAAUCGUAGAGGACCAUCUUCUGGUGGAUGAGGUUAAAGUACAGUCAGUGCUGAUUGCACCAGUUUGCACUGACAGGAAAUCCUGGAUGCACUAUCUUGAAACCAAUGCUCGUUAAUUUCAAAAAUUUCAGUCUUUAGUUUUAACUUGCGUGGCAAAUAGCAAAAUUACUUUUACAUUUGUUUUUACUAAAAUAUAGAAGCUGCCUUCUUUUUAAUCCCCCCCCCCCCCCCACCCCAUCCCGUUGAAGUAACUAUGUUUAGAAUUUCAAACUUUAUUGAACUGAAGCAAGAUGAAAUUGACAGCUAUGAAUGACGCCAUCCUUGUAAAUGGUUCCCCAACCAAUGAGGAUGUCUGAAAUUGGACAGGGAUAGUGCGAGAUGUAUUUUUUCUACUAAGGGAACAUAAAUGUGCGUAGUGAAUAUCAAAAUGAGUAGUUGUGUUUUAACUGAUGACUAAAAGCAUCAAAACGUUUUGUUUGCAUUAUCUAUUAAAAAUCCUCUAUCUAAAA